GUGAUGUGGCUGGGGCUUCGCCGGCCUCACUAUGUCUGCCAUUUUCAAUUUUCAGAGUCUGUUGACUGUAAUCUUGCUGCUUAUAUGUACCUGUGCUUAUAUCCGAUCCUUGACACCCAGUGUCCUGGACAGAAAUAAAACUGGAUUGUUGGGUAUAUUUUGGAAGUGUGCCAGGAUUGGUGAACAAAAGAGUCCUUCUGUUGCAGUAUGCUGCAUAGUGAUGGCCUUCAGCAUCCUGUUCAUACAGUAGCUUGGGAAAACUCCAGAAUUUAAUUGCCAUCAAAUUUCAAUAUGAAAAAGGACUAUCUGCAGAAAAUAACGGAAAGAAUGGUUAACCCUUUUAUCUCUGAACAUUGAGUGAGAUACAUUUCCAGCUGCUGUUCUCCAAUUUUGUUAUUGGACCAAUGUUCUCUAUAAAUACUCAAUGAGUUUAAUAUGUCAGUAUGUUUGUAACAAUCAACCUCAGUAUUGUCACUACAAUAAUACAUUCUGCCAGUGUUGUUCUGUUGUAUCAGAUACCAAUUUUCAGUGAGAUAU